AUGAAUAGACCCAAUCACUCGUCACCACUCGCCGACAGCAGUCCAUUGAGCGCAUACAACCACAACGCCAACCGCAGUGGAGACCUAUUUGACAUGGACCAAGACCAAGACCCCGGCUCAUCACCCACCGUUGCUGUCCAGACGCGUCGUCGAGCUCAGUACAAAUCCUCGUCUUCGCGACCUCCGCGAGUGCCACCCUUGGUUUUGGGCUUCCCUCGUCGGGCAAGUGGUGGGGCUGACCUGGGUGCAGGUGCAGCCAUGGGUGACGACGGAGAUGGCUCCCAAGCAGCGUUUCUUCGGACCCGUCUGAAAAAGCGGUGCUUGGAGCGGGCGACCAAAGCGCGAGAGCGGGCGGUUAAUAGAAAGCGUGGAGGGCAAAUGAACAUGUCGAGCAGCGAUGGAUUUGACUUUGACGAAGAAAUGGACGAUGAAGAAGAGGACCCGCUACUCGACGAACUUUUCAUUAGAAUCAUGCGAAACCAGACACGCAAGACGCGCCGCAGCUAUCUCCAUGCCUAUGACCGCGAAAUUGGCUCGUCAGAUCCAGCUCUUGAAGAUCCUCUCGAGUGGGAGGAUGAACUCGGUAAUACUUUUGACCCCUUAACUUCUAUUCCAUCCGCCGUCGACGAGGACGAGGCACUACAAGACUACCUCGCGGCAGAAGCACUCGCAGACUUUGCUGACAUUCCACCUGAAGAAUUGUUCGGAGACGCUGAGAAUGACUGGGACGAAGACACGAUGGAUGUCAGCUAG